CCGGAACGUUACUCGACAAAGGUUCUUCUCCGGACGUCUUAUUUCGUAGUACGUGCUAAACUCCUAGCGGAAGAUAAACAGAAAUACUGUACAAACAUGGCAGAGACUCACAGCUUGCAGGACAUGAGGCAGCAAGCCGCAAUCGCUGCCAAAGUCUUCAUCCAGAGAGAUUACACCAAUGGCACCGUGUGCCAGUUCCAGACCAAGUUCCCCUCUGAGCUGGAGACCAGGAUUGACAAGCAGCAGUUUGAGGAGACGGUGCGGACGCUCAACAACUUGUACGCUGAAGCAGAGAAGCUGGGAAGCCAGUCGUACAUUGAAGGUUGUCUGGCUUGCCUCACAGCUUACAUGGUCUUCCUGUGUAUGGAGACUCACUACGAGAAGGUUCUGAAGAAGAUUGCCAAGUUUAUCCAGGAACAAAAUGACAAGAUCUACGCACCGAGAGGCCUCCUGCUCACUGAUCCCAUUGAGAGAGGCCUGCGAGUUAUUGAGGUCACCAUAUUCGAAGACAGAAGCCUGACUAGAUAAAAGCUAACACGGAAUGGAAAACAAGGGGUUGGAGUCUAAGAGCAGUAAUAAAAGUGGGUUUUCUCGGUAUGUUCCCUGGUGUCCAGCGCUCUCAUGCAGCAUGCCUCCUCCUGCAUUUAAAGAAAAAUCCCACAUCAAAGUUUCAGGCUUUUUCAUGUGUGAGUAAUAUCAGUUAACUGCCUUACCACUGGGGGGAGGUUCCAUAAGUAUUUAAAGGAUCAUUCUGCUUAUUUUAUGACUUUACGCCAUAUAGCGGCCAGCGUUUUUGUCAUAUAGUCACAGAGGGAUUUAUCCACACAGAGUUCACAGUCUAGAGAACAUUCAUGAGCCAAACCCAGCAGCUGUAUCCAAAAACUGAUGAAGUGUCCUUUCAACACAAUGGCACUCUUCCUGCACUAACAUGUCUCUAAGUAGCUGUAAUCAAACAAUUAUCACAUUUUAGUUAAAAUAGCCCAUUUCCUUGUUUACAUUACUGGCCGCCAGACGUCUACCACAUUGGUAUCAUGUCUGAGGAAGAGGAGGAGAGGAAUUUUAUGAUGGCUCGAGUGUUUCAGUGAUAGACUUUGUUGUGACCGAAAGCAAUAUUUAAUAUGUAAUAUAAUAUGCAAGGAAUUGUUUUAAACACAUAAUCUGAUCUCAUGUUUCAUUUGGGUUACACAUCUACUGGUUCUGCUCACUGAACUGAAAACCGGUGGCUUAUGUUUCUCUCUUGACAUUUUAUUGUUGUUCUUAUGUUUCUUGUCACUGAUGCACCUGAGAAGGAGUUCUUAUUUACUGCAUAUAUGAAAAUGUGAAUCCAGCAGAGGAGCUGGCUGAUGACCAUGAUAAUUGGCUAAGGUUUGGUCACUUGUGUGUCUAAACUCUAAGCCCAUGAGUUAUAAUCGAGUGUUUGCCUGCUGGGUUACAUGGCAUCUCACAGUGGUUUUCCUUGACUCAUCCAACACUUUGGAUUUCCUGCCCAAGAUAUGUAAUUGCUUUCCAAAAACCACAGGGACAAGUUAUUUCAACUAUUAUGCGACGCCAGUACAUGGCUGAAUGAGUGACUGUGUGUCGCCAUUUCCUGUGGAGUUUCUUAUCCACGGUCAACAAUUAUAACUGGGUCGAUGUUGACGGCUAAGGUUUGGUCAUUAAUCUGGAGACAGACCUACGAAGUACCACUCAUAAAGCUCUUACUAAGCUAAGGUUAGAAGGUUAGUAGCUUUGGUAGCAGUGCUGUUACAACAAGUUGUUGCAUCUGAAUGGUGCAUCUAACUCAGAGACAUAUAACCUUAUUUCAAAUUGAAGAUAAACUGAUAGAUGUACCUCAAGACUUAGUUUCAUGACUUGACAUGACAUGAAUAUGUGUAGAUCAUUUGUUAGUUACACUAAUGCUCAUUGAGGAAAUUUGAAUCCAGUGCAGUAAUACUAGACUGCACAAGUAACAAUUAAAACUACUGCACAGAGAAUUCUUCACAUUGGAGAUAGAGUUUACGUGUCUACUAACACAGUUUUCAGGCUUUAAAUAAUAGAAUGCCACCAAUAGAGAGCCACCAAGUGUAAUUUGUCCAAGGUGGUUUCUUUAAUGGGUCAAGUGUUGAAAUUAUUAUAAAGAAAGUUACUGAUAUGUUAAACUACUCUGGAAAUGAUUCACCAAGUCACAAAUAAUACAUUUUUCAAAGGGUGUGUUAUCAUUUUGAGAGGCGGCAUUUCUUUCUCGGUCAAACUUCUUAUCCUCGUUUGUUAAAGUAGUUUCAUCAGGAGGAUUCUUCUCCAGUUAUUAUUAUUAUCCCAUAUUCAUUCAUAUAAUUCUACAACCUUUUGAAACGUCAGGGUAUGAUCAUCAAAAACAGAUGACUCUUUUAUAUAUCUGCUGAACUUUUGUUCUUAGGAGAACAUCUUAUCCCAUAAAUUGUUUCAUUCUACACUACAAUAAAUCCCUUCUUUUUCCUCAUGUGUGCAGCUCAUUUAGGAUGUGCUGGGUCCAGUUCAUACUGAAAAGUACUUUGUACAGAUUCUGGACAGGACCCAGUCUGCUCUGUAGCAUAGACACCACCAUGUCUAUGGCACAGUAAGACAUACCCUGGAAAUGCUUUACUCUGGGAAUGUUAUGUUUGGCAACAAUUUUGAGAGUGUACACCCCUGUGGAAGGAUAAACUACUGCCCUGCUACCGUACAGGCACAUGCGGAGAUUAAUCUUCUCAUUUGAAAUUCCUGCUGAGCGCCUCGAUACAUAUACAUGUCCUGUAGAGGAAUGUAAACCCAAAACUUUUAUAAGCAGUUGUUGAUAGAAGGGUGCACCAGGGCCAGCGAGCAGACUGAGAACACAUACUGUACACCCAUCCUUCCCAGUUCCCACUUGCCAGCUUCUCUCGUCCUCUGUCUCCUCCAGGUUUAGACUGAAACGCCGUGUCUGACCAGCAAUAAGCCGUUUAUAAUAGUCAGAAAAUCAACCUCAGUUAGGUUUUCUUAAUAACAGCUGGACACUAGAAUAGUUACAGGACAAAAGCCCAAAAUAAUGAACUAGCAGAUCCGGUAAAUGUGCUGAAGGGAUCUUCUGAGUUCAUUGAGACGCAUUAGGUUCCAUAAUAUAGUCCAGAAAGAACAUCUUAACUGCUCAGAGACUUUGGGAGUGAUUAGAAGUUCUUUUCAAAAUAAAACUCGCCAUCAUUCUAGUUCAUCAGAAUACCUUCUUAAUUAGUCGAGUAUAAUACUUCUGAAUAGUAGGCAUGUUGUUAUUGGCCCAUGGCUGCUCCAGAACACAAAGCCUUUCUUUCCCAUUCAGCCUCCAUCCUGGUCGUAGCUAGCAGGAUGAGUCAGGAUCUUUGGUUUCUGGGAGCCUCCCAGGUGAAAGGCUGAACAGCAUGAUGGAUCGGCCUCUAGCGGGAUGACUGCAGGGUAGAAAAACAGACUUGGCCCGUUCAGCUCAUGCCUGCCGAGCAUCCAUUCAGAGGCAGAUGGCGCCAUGUCGGCGUCCUGGCAUCUCAUCCAAGCAGCGUUCUGCCUGUGAUAAGGUGUCAUUUGGCUCCACGUACAAACUCGCCGCCCAGCCGCGGCACGUCAGCAGAGCUGUAAAUUAGGCUGCACACAUGAGAAUAUUUAGUGUCAGCGAGGAAUGUUGGACAAGGGGGAAAGCAUGAAUAGCGUUCAUCGUUUGUUGGUUGUUGUUUUCUUUGAGGCAGGUGAGGAAUUAGUUUUUUUCCUAACCUGCCAAGAUCAUCUUCACAGGCCAGAGUAAGAGAAUUUAACUGAAGUGGUGCUUUUUAAUGUACAUGUAAAUUAUCAUGAGAACGUUUCAACAACACCACAUAUUAUAUUUACACAUGAUAGAAGUGAUAGAACUGCACCUGCUCGCAAUACGAAUACUUCAGUGAAACCGAAGCUAGAUGAGUGGCGGUGUAGGUGUGAUACAGAUCGCUCACUUAAAUAUUUGCAUAAGCUGCACCAACGCGCUCACAAACAGAUGUGUAAACUGAACCAAAUCCAACACCUCUCACUGUCAGCCAGGUUAGCGCCACUGCUCUAAACAAAGAUUAAAACUCAGAUUAAAACUGAGUUGUAUUUUAUGUUAACAAGCUGCAGUGUGUCUUGUUGUUAUAAGUUGUACAAUGUGCACAGGCCAAAAAGUUUUUAGAAUGAAAUGUAGAAGUAGUGAAGCUUGGAGAAAAAAAAGCUUUAAAGAGCAGUAAAAGUUAUCAAAGUUUUAUUGAAGGGUCUGAAACUAGAGCAACCGGACAUACACAGUUUGUUGUUUUGCCACCCAAGAAGCUCCAUCAGCUCUGAAGUGAAGAGAAGAAGCUACUUCAACAGUCGUGGUAAAUAAAUUUUACUGCACAGGCUGCACUAAUACACCGUCAUUAAAACAGAAGGUGUUUGAUUCAUUUUCAUAUUUAACAUGUGACUAAAGCAAAUUAAUCACAGGUAUUUUGAUUUAUUAUCAGCCCGGGUUGAAAUGUAAUCACUGCCAGUGGCCAAAGUCACUUUCAGAAUAUGAGAAGAAGUCUAGUAAAAUGUUUACACUUGGACAACCCCCUCUCAUCAUUUCUAUGCCGCCGCGGUGGGAACGUGGAACUCAAAAAUGCCAAAUAAAUGAAAAGAAAAAUGACGUCCUGACAAACAAUCGCAGUAGAACUUGCUAUGAUAAUAACUGUGUUGUGGAAAGCUAUCAUUAAUGCUCCUUUAGCGCUGUGUCUCUGACUAAUCUGUCUGUUU